ACACACACACACAGACACACACAGACACACACACUGAGUGUGGGUCAUAUGAGAUGGAUUUCUUCCUUUGGCUCUACCGCUACGUCACCCUGUAAUGUGCCCAGUCACGUGUCAGUCACAUCUCUGCAGUCGCACUGAUGCCAUCGUCUAGUUGACUACUACACUUUGCUGUUUCAGGUGCCACAGAUUUACCCAACAAAUGAACAUCUUAAAGAAAAAAUGGCUGGUCUUAAGCAUGCUUGUGUGUGUCUACCUGGCCGAAAUUGGACACUGUUAUAGCGGAGGUGCACCAGAAGUCGCUUGCAGUUCUUUGAUUCCGGGUCACGGGGUGGGGGCCCAAACCUCGCCUUCGCCCUACAUUUUACAGGUGGAUCCGGAGUUUACACCUGGAAAGAAAAUCACAGUCACUAUAGCUGGAAGGACAGAAGGCACAGCGUUUAAAGGCUUCAUGGUGACAGCCUACUCCCAGGGCUUUACAGUGGGAUCCAUUGCCAUCACUGAUGCAGAGAACUCGCAGACACGAUGCAAUGGGCUCACUGUCAGCCACAAGGGCGCAUCGCCGAGAACCAAGGUGUCGUUUGACUGGGUGGCUCCUAAUGAUAUUGAAGCCGGCACAGAAGUCAGCUUCACCGGAACUGUUGUGAAGGACAGAGAGACGUUCUGGACGAAAAUAACAUCAAACAUCACUAAAGCUACCGCCACGACAGCAUCAGCCACUAACGUCGCCAGCAACGUCGCAAACAACGUCCCUCCCAAGAAUGAUCCCUCGCUCCUGGGGUCCGGAGGAGGGCCAUCCGGGUUUCUGCCGGCUGACCCCAAGUGCGGGGUAUCCAAAGCAUGCCUGCAUCGAUGCACGAAGAACAAAUGUGAAUUCAUCGUCAGCUGGAAAGACAUGGGAAAUACCUUAAGCAUGGAAAUGGCUUUCCGACUCCCAGGCUCUCAGGAAUACUGGAUAGCGGUUGGCUUUUCCAGGGAUCAAAAAAUGGGUGAUGAUAGUGUCACAGAGUGCAUCAUGCGAGACAGCAGGGUGGAAGUCUAUCAGUCAUUCAACGAUGGGGACAACAACAAUUAUUUGGAUAACAAAAGAGCGGGCUUAUCAGAAGUGAAGGGUAAUGUGGAAGAUGGAGUGUUGUACUGCAGUUUCCUUCGCGCAAAGACCUAUCCACACGACCCUCGAGUCUUUGACCUCAAUGAGGACUAUUACCUGUUUGUUGCAACUGGAGAGGCUUUUUCUGGUAACAAACUUCCUCAUGCUCAUGAUGUGUCUCCGCUUACGAGUGAACGUAAAAUUGACCUGCAAAUCCUUGAGAAUCUAGCGGGUGGACAGGUACCCUCAUCGGUGCUCGUGAAGAUCCACGCUAUACUGAUGAUUAUUUCGUGGCUUCUUUUGACAAGUUUCGGCGUAAUGACAGCAAAGUAUGGCAAGCCGUUGUGGCCCAAAUUUUCUCCAUGUGGUACAAACAUUUGGUUCCAUAUUCAUCGGACGACCAUGUUCUUAACGGUCAUCCUAAGUGUCGCUGGCCUCGUUGUGAUAUUUGUUGACAGUGAAGGCUACAGUCGCAUUCCUCACGUCGUCGGUAAAGCAUACUGGCCGAUACACCCACCUCUUGGAUUGCUCGUCAUGGUCCUGACUAUCAUCAACCCUGUCAUGGCACUUUUCCGUCCUUCUCCGGAAAAUGCAAACCGUUACAUUUUCAACUGGUCGCACUGGGGUGUCGGGGUCAUGGCCUGGUUCUUGGCAUCAAUUGAAGUAUUCAUUGGCCUUGACCUCGAGAAAGCACAUGCCCCGAAUGAAUCCAUCUACAUCUUGCUGGCUUGGGGGGUCUACCAUAUCAUCGUUGUCGUCGUCUUGGAAGUUUUGCCGCGUCCCUUGGCUCAGUGUUAUACUACGCUGGCUGAGAACACCACUAGGAAAGGCCGGAGCUACAACCUGGAAAGGGUGCGCACUGCUGAUGGAACAUACGCAGACAACGGUGCCAAUGAGCAAGCCAAACCGCCUGCAGACUCUGCCGAGACCAAGAUCCCUGUUGGAAGCUCCAAACAACCUACUGGUGAUGAGCUGAAAGUCAGACGAGUUAUCCUUGUCUUCCAUUACGGAGUGGUAACGAUCUUCACCCUCAUAAUUCUGCUGGUGACCUUCUUAUACAUGCCACCAAUGCCGGAAGCUGCAUGACCAGCUCCCUUCUACAAAUUCUGGACGCCGUGGAGAGAACAAGAAGCAGUCGAAACAGCGAUCAAAACAGCGAACAACACAAAUUAAAUGUGUUAUCAUACCUAUCUGCAAGGAUCGGCCGGCGAAAGCAGGGAGGGUGGUCAGAAAAACAAUAGCAUGACUUAAUUUUUUAAAAUUUUCUUUGGCUGUCCUUUGCAUCUGCCUUUGUUCAUAUUUUCUUAAAAUUUGAGCACUGAGUCUUAAUAUUUUCCUGCAUUUAUGGAAACAGUUCUUGUUAGGAGCUUAUGAAGGUAGAGGGACAUUUUCCUUGAUUUGGUUUCGCUUAUUUGAAUAAUCACAUGUGUCAUUUUCACUUGGAUGUGGGAAUACUUAUCACUAAAAUAAUUCGCUACCUGUUCCAUACAAAGCUUAAAUCUUAACCUUUAAGUGCUUGCCGACGCAAACGAGGAUAGUUGCCAUCAGGAUGGAUCCUACAGUUCACUCAAUUCUUAGAAACGUACUUUCAAUCAAUGCUGCUUAUCUGAAUAAAUUGCAGAUUGCUGAGAUUUUUCUUCUUCUUUCGUGCAAAAUAGCACAAAAAAAAUCAAAUUACUUCAUAAUGUAUGAUACUACUGAUCGACGGAAUCACAAUUAGUUACACAACAAUAAUAAAUGGGAUUAAAACAAUGGAAUCAGCAACUGAAACGCUUGUGACGUUUUAAAAUUCUAUAAUGUUUCGACAACAAUUUUCUUGGCAAGCAUCAUAUACCCUGUUCAUACCGAUUAAAAAAAGUUACUUUCAUAACUCGA